UUCUCGGGCUGAGAGCUGCCCUGGGCCUGGGAGCAGAAGCGCUAGGCUACUGGUGUUACUCUAAAAGCAACCCUUCAUUCUCACACCGGAAGCUGCUGGUCUAGCAGUGAAAGAGGCACGGCGUGGUCUUCAGUUCGCAAUGUCUACCAACAAUAUGUCCGACCCACGGAGACCCAACAAAGUGCUGAGGUAUAAGCCUCCGCCGAGCGAGUGCAACCCAGCUUUGGACGACCCGACGCCGGACUACAUGAAUCUCCUCGGCAUGAUCUUUAGCAUGUGCGGCCUCAUGCUUAAGCUGAAAUGGUGUGCUUGGGUUGCCGUCUACUGUUCCUUUAUCAGCUUUGCCAACUCCCGGAGCUCGGAGGACACCAAGCAAAUGAUGAGUAGCUUCAUGCUCUCAAUCUCUGCCGUGGUGAUGUCCUAUCUGCAGAAUCCUCAGCCCAUGACACCCCCGUGGUGAUGUCACCUGGAGGGCUUGGAUCCUGGACUCCUGCCCGCCUUCUGGCCCAGCCUUUGGCUAUUUCCAACCUACCCUUAGCUGCUGUUUUCAACUUGCCUGAGUGUUGUCUCUGGUCUCCCAGCAUAAUGGAGGGAAGUUGUCCCGUUCUU